GAGGAGGAGGCCAGGUGACACUCCGAGGAGGCUGCAAUUGUAGCACAUCUACCGAGCACACUGAUGUAGGAGGCUUGCUAUACCAAGUCCCAGAAGCCUUUUCAAUUUUUUUUUACCUUUGGAAAGUAUGUGAAUCACGGUAAUGCUGCUUGGCUCCCAAAAGUGGACAGUGAGUUAAAAACAGUAGCAGCAACAACAGUAACGAGAAAACCUACGGCAGCAGCCAGAGCUCUCAUCCCGGCCACCAUGGAGUUUCUCGAGAGAACUUAUCUUGUGAAUGACAAAGCCACCAGGAUGUAUGCCUUCACCCUGGACAGCGCAGAUCUCCAGCAGAAACCUGUGAGUGAAGAUCAACAUGUGGGAGAGAAGCCACAGGAGCUGGAGUCUGGAGCCAUCGAUCACUGUCACGGUGACGCCAAGGCUGCAGAUAACAGGGCAAACGAGCAGGUGUAUGCCAAGUGGAAACUCUGCGCUGCUUCGGGAAUAUGCUUUGUUUUCAUGAUUGCAGAGGUCGUGGGUGGCCACAUGGCUGGGAGUCUUGCUGUCGUCACGGACGCCGCCCACCUCUUAAUUGACUUGACCAGUUUCCUGCUCAGCCUCUUCUCCUUGUGGCUGUCCUCGAAGCCUCCCUCCAAGCUGCUGACGUUUGGAUGGCACCGAGCAGAGAUCCUCGGUGCCCUGCUGUCCAUCCUGUGUGUCUGGGCAGUGACAGGUGUGCUGGUGUACCUGGCGUGUGAGCGCCUCCUCUACCCCGACUACCAGAUCCAGGCGACUGUGAUGAUCAUCGUCUCGGGCUGUGCAGUGGCAGCCAACAUUGUACUGAGUGUGAUCUUGCACCAGAGACGCCCUGGUCACAGUCACAAGGAAGUGCAAGCUAAUGCCAGUGUCAGAGCAGCCUUUGUGCACACCCUCGGAGAUCUGUUUCAGAGCAUCAGUGUGUUAACCAGUGCACUUAUUAUCUACUUCAAGCCAGACUAUAAAGUGGCCGACCCAAUCUGCACCUUCGUCUUUUCCGUCCUGGUUCUGGCCAGCACCGUCACCAUCUUAAAGGACUUCUCCAUCCUACUCAUGGAAGGGGUGCCAAGCAACCUGAGCUAUGACUCAGUGAAAGAGCUCAUCUCGGCGGUGGACGGGGUGGUGUCUGUGCACAACCUGCACAUUUGGUCUCUAACAAUGAACCACGUGAUUCUCUCAGUGCAUGUUGCUGCAGCAGCCAGCUGGGACAGCCAGAGUGUUCGGAGGGAGAUUGCUAAAACCCUCAGAAAUAGCUUUCCUGUGCAUUCACUCACCAUUCAGAUGGAAUCUUCAGCCGAUCGGGACUCUGCCUGCCUUUUCCGUGAAGAUCUCUGGGACUAGUUCGGUCACACUGUCAGUACACCACAUGUGACAGGCCACUAAAUGAUGCUCUGCAGUUUCUGGAACAUAAGAAAUAGAGAAACAAAAGAGGAUGUUUGAGAAAUUGAUGAUACAAUACAGUGCACCUUUUAUACUCCUUUAUUUAGCUCCAUCCACCAAGAAUAAGAUAAAUUUAGAUUCACCAAUCAAUUGGAUUAUCAACUCAUCAGUAGCUGUGUUCAAUUUCAGGAAUGUACGUGUAGGUCAUUCC